GACAUCACAAGCGCCAUGGACACAGAGGCCUCUCUCAUCAUGCAGGCCCUGAACGAACUCUCUUCUCCAGAGGAGAAACUGGAAGCUCUGGUCAGGAAGUAUGCUGAGCUGGCGGCCUUGCGGCGCUGCGAUGUGCAGAGGUUGGGUGCUCUCCAGCAGAAGUUGUCCGUCGUGCUGGAGGAGCGGCAGCAGCUGCAGGCCGAGUAUCGCAGCAGCAUCGCAGCUCGCAGCAAACUGGAGAGUCUGUGCAGAGAGCAGCAGUCAUUCUACAAUAUUCUGAGGGAGGAGACUCUGCAGCGCUGCAAGGAGGACGAGGAGAAGAGAACGGAGAUCACCACCCACUUCCAGAGCAUGCUCGGUGAGAUCCAGAGCCAGAUUGAGCUGCACAGUGCACGAAAUGAGAAGCUGUGCCGUGAAAACGUCAACCUGACCGACAAGUUGGAGAACCUCAUGACCCAGUGUGAACGGAGGGAGGAGAGUUUGGAGAAGAUCAACAAGCAUCGUGACCUGCAGCAGAAACUGAUUGAAGCCAAACUGCAGCAGGCCAACGCUCUGCUGACCGAAGCUGAGGAGAAACACAAAAGAGAGAAGGAAUACUUGCUUAGGGAGGCUAUUGACAAAACAAAGAAAUGCUUCGCUAUGAAGGAGCAGGAGCUGGCCAUGAAGAAGAAGCUGACCCUGUAUGGUCAGAAGUUUGAUGAGUUCCAGGCAACUCUGGCCAAAAGCAACGAAAUCUACGUCCGCUUCAAAAAGGAGAUGGAAAAUAUGUCAGACAAGAUGAAGAAAGUGGAGAAAGAGUCCAGUCUGUGGAAGACGAGGUUUGAGAACUGCAACAAGGCUUUGACUGAUAUGAUUGAAGAGAGAACAGAGAAAGGUAGAGAGUACAAUCUGUUCGUCCUGAAGAUUCAGAAGCUGGAGAAGCUUUGCCGUGCCCUCCAGGAUGAAAGGAAAGUGCUGUAUGACAAAAUCAAGGAUGUUCGCUACUCUAAUGCCAACCUUCCAACAAAGGUCUUUGGCAUCUCCAACCUCAAUAACAAGCCUGACGGUGCUGACGAAUCUGCCCUACUGACCCCUGAUGAGAUGCAGGAAAUCGAGGAGGAGGACCCGGUUCUGACAGAGGGCAUGUCCCGCCUGAAGGAGGAGCAGACCAAGCUGCAAGAGUUUGCUGCCUCCCUGUUGACGACAACUGUUGACAAUGAGGAAGAGGAAAAUAAUGAGUUAGACCUUGAAGAAGAUCUAGUUUCAUCUGCAUUUUUCCAUUUCAAAGAUAAACCUCAAGUGAAAGAGGGUCUGGAUUCAGUCCCUGAGCAGGUGGAAGAUGAAAAGUCAAAAGCACCAGAUUCAGAGCUGCCACAGCCAGUGAAGGUGGAGGAGGUUCUAGAUCCGGUUUUGCCUGCUGCAGAAGCCACAACCACUCAGAAGACAACUUUAGAAACAGCAUUAGAUCAAAAUACAGAGGCGAUAAAGGUUCAGACACAAGUUGAGGCUGAAGAGGCGCAGCAAGCGGAACCAGACGCAGAGAUCCAGCAGACGGUCGCACCUGUACCAAAACCAGAACCAGAACGAGCCAAAGCUGAAAUAGGAAUGGAGGCAAUGAAGGCUGAGAUCCUGGAGGAGACCGGUGAGAUCACACCAGGGGCACCAGUGAAAGAUGAGAAAGACCAGCAGCAGUCCAUUGAAGCUACAUCAGCAUCAGACCCUGAGAAAGCCAAGUUUGAUCCACAAACAGAUGCAAUAAAGGCUGAGAUCCAGGAGGAGUCCAGUGAGGGCAAACCACAAGUGGCUCCACAAGAUGAUAAGGAUCAGCAACAGCCAUCUGAAUCUCUACUAACACCAGAGACUGAGAAAACUAGGGCCUCUCCAGCAAUGGAUGGAGAAGAAAUGAAGGCCGAGCUCAACGAGGACACCAGUGAGGUCAAGCCAAUGGUGCUUCUACAAGACGAGAAGGAUCAGCAGCAGAUAGCCGAACCCGUUCAGGCACCAGAAGCAGUCUUAAAACCCUCAGAGUCAGCCUCGUCUUCUGUGAACACUAAAUCAGCUCCAUCCUCUGACGCAGACCCCAAGAAGCAGGUCCUGAAGAAAAAGAAGAAGAAGAGUGGCAAGAAUGCCAGCUAA